AUGAAAAAGGCUCUUAACCCCAACGCCGGGGAGUUUCGCCCCCCUUGUGGGGUCUUCACACUGGCAUCGUUGAACGAAAGAGGGGGAAGUCGCUCGUCCUCGCUGCAAGGUGGUGCUGCCGCGUCUCCUGCGUCUUUGCCCCAGCGCCACGUCGAUGGCACCGCUGAUGCCACAUCUGACAAGGGGCCUUUCUUGUACUCCGAUGAAAGUGUGGAAGCGCGUUUUUUCAUACCUGUCAGUCGUUCCCUAAUGGAGUGUCGUGCAGCAUUCUACGAGCACCCAGAGUCUAGUCCGUGGAAGCACCUGGAAUUUGAGCGUCUUCUGCGCCGCUGUUUUUUCGCCGCACACGACGCCAAUGAGCUGAGCAUCUCAUUCUCCUCGAUGUGCGGCCGGUUCAAACCAUUCUGGCUCUCUUAUUCACCCUCGUACUUUCUCAUGGCACACGAUGUCGUGCAAGAGAUUGAGAUUGGCACCUCCCAUACCAGUGACCAUGGCGGAGGGAAGGCAGGCUCAACAACACCAGCGCCAACACCAGAGAAAGAUGGGCCUGGUUCAAGCAAUGAGGCAGCGGAGGAGUCUUGUAGACGCGAGAAACUCCGAGAGGUAUAUCUUCGGAGUGUCCGACCAUUGGUUCCUUGUGCUUUGCGCAAACGAUUGGCGACCCAUGCCAAACGCAGCAGUGCUGCUUCUGGAACGGAUGUGAAUGCCGCCAUCACAUAUGCCCUGGACAUAUUCUUUCUUUUUACGCGACUCCAGUUCCUUCAAUUUCUCGAUGUGUCUGCCGGAUCCAGUUACUCCGCAUGUGUUCAAUUCCUCACCAGGCUGCGUGAGCGUCUCUUCAAAUCGGAGGUCACAGAACAUUUUCUCAAUGUAGUGCUGGUUCUAAUAUUGAUCUCUUCUGUUCACCUUGCAUCAGCGCAACGUGCGAUGGAGGUGGCCAAUGAAGAGAUAUUGUCAAGACUCAAGGUGCAGUGCUUGUUCUGCGCAUACUUUCCGGUGUUGGCUGUGGCGUUUCUCGCUGGAUCACCGCUGCAGUCCAUGGAAGAGUUGCGGUACGCCUGUGUCGCAACAAGCGUGGACGAGUGUCUGCCGGCACUUCGCAACUGUCCAAGAGGUGCUGUGGCAGUAAAGGAGCUGAUGUCAUACAACAACAAAACAGCGAUGCUGUGGAGUAUCACAUUGGAUGAAGUGGUUACAUGUUGUUUGCGACACAUGGCGCAGAGAGACCGUGACAUUCAUACUUUUUUACUCGCAGACCCCACUGCGCUCGAUGAGCAUCUACAUGUAUGCCACCCUACUGUGUUGAGCUGUCUGUUCAACUCCGCGAACUCUGUGGAAGAUGAGGAAACUGAGGAAAUGUGCCAGAAUCAGGAGCAGCAAGGGCAUGUCUCACGGUCUGAUGAGUUUCAUCGGCUGGCGAUGGAGGCGGCUACCACAUCGUCUGGUAGCGAGUACGAAACUGUCUACUUCAGCCUUCUCGCGCUGGUCAACAUGGACUGCUUCACACCAACAGAGAUAUCAUGCCUUUUUGCCGCGCUAGAGGACACUAACGGGAAUGGCAGAAACCCAUCGGCAUUUCAGUUGUUCCUCUCAUCACCGGUGUGUGCGUCACUGCACCCGGCGGCUAGCGAGCUGCUCGACGUGCUGAGCACGCUGAUGCGGCGCGGUAAGCUGGUGCACUUGCGGGCGCUGCGAGAGGUGCAAUUUAUGUUCAACCGGCGCCUCGAGUCGUCGCGGGCACGGAAACCAUCCAGCCGAUGGAAAGAGUGA